GCUGCACCGAGAAGGGAGGUAGAGACUGUACUGCACGGCCUUUUGUAUUUCGUAUGAGCACAACGCCUUGAUUUGUGAAGAUGUGGACGGCUAUAGGGAAACUGCUGCUUUUACAUAUGAUACUCGUGGGGUUUCUGCUGGUAAACGGAAAUAAACCGGACUGUGAAAGUGGUCAGUUUCAAUGCAGGAACGACAGGUGUAUCCCGACUCCAUGGAGAUGUGAUGAUGACGAUGACUGCUCGGACAACAGCGAUGAGGAGAACUGCCCAAAAAAGACAUGUGCCACAACAGACUUUGCAUGUAAGAAUGGGCAGUGUGUCCCGGCCCGAUGGAGGUGUGAUGGAGAACCUGAGUGUCCAGAUGGUUCGGAUGAAGCAGACUCCACCUGCAGUCGACUGACGUGUCCACCAGAGAAGUUUGACUGUGGCGACUCGACGAGCAAAUGCGUGUCAUUGUCAUGGCGCUGCGAUGGUGAACAGGACUGUGAAAAUGGAGCAGAUGAGGAGCAGUGUGCUGCAGAUGCCAAGGCUUGCCCUGCUAAAGAGUUCCAGUGCCAUAACCGCCUGUGCGUGGCUCCCACGUUCGUCUGCGAUGGGGAUGAUGACUGCGGCGACGGCAGCGAUGAGGAGAAGUGCACGGCAGCCACCGCCAGCACCUGCGGGUCGCACGAGUUUCGCUGUAAUGACUCUGAGUGUAUUCCAGCGCCAUGGAGCUGCGACGGAGACCCCGACUGCAAAGACAAGUCGGAUGAAUCUCUAGAGCGCUGCAGUCGCAGGACGGAGCCUCAAAAACCCCAUUGCCCGGCGGGGGAGUUCCGGUGCAGGAGUGGAGAGUGUAUUCACCUCAACUGGAAAUGCGACGGAGAUGUAGACUGCAAGGACAAGUCUGAUGAGGCCAACUGCCCUGUGCUGACCUGCCGUCCUGAUGAGUUCCAGUGUGGCGAUGGCUCCUGCAUUCACGGCACUAAACAGUGUAACAAAGUGCACGACUGUCCAGAUUUCAGCGACGAGGCUGCCUGCAUCAACAAAACCACCAAAUGUGAAGGCCCGCGGAAGUUCAUGUGUAAGAGCGGGGAAUGUAUCGAUAGCGGUAAAGUGUGCGACAGUAUCAAGGACUGCAAGGACUGGUCUGACGAGCCUGUGAAGGAGUGCGGUCUGAAUGAAUGUGCCAUCAACAAUGGUGGCUGCUCUCACAUAUGUAAGGACCGUCAGAUCGGCUAUGAGUGUGAAUGUCCCUCAGGCUACAAGCUCCUUGACAAGAAGACUUGUGGAGACAUAGACGAAUGCGAGAACCCUGAUGCCUGCAGUCAAAUAUGCAUCAACCUCAAAGGCGACUACAAAUGUGAAUGCUACGAGGGUUAUGAGAUGGACCUGGUUACCAAGACGUGUAAAGCAGUGGUGUGUUUGUUCCUCUUCAGUGCAUACAUCAACAAAGCCAGCGAUGCUUCUCAGCAGAUCACGCUCAUAGACACUGCGCUACAUUCCCCAGAGGGCUUAGCAAUGGACUGGGUCCAUAAGAACAUCUACUGGACCGACUCUGGACACAAAACUAUCUCAGUCGCGACUGGUGAUGGCAAGAAACGGAAGGUGUUGAUCGACACAGAGCUUGGGGAACCGCGUGCCAUCGCCGUUGACCCAAGACAAGGGUUCAUGUACUGGUCAGAUUGGGGAACGCUGGCCAAGAUCGAGAAAGCCGGAAUGAACGGAGUGGAUCGACAAGUUCUGGUUUCAGAGAGGAUCGAGUGGCCCAAUGGGAUUGCGCUCGAUCUGUCUAGUAGACGACUCUACUGGGUGGAUUCCAAGCUUCAUUUGAUCUCCAGUGUGGACCUAAAUGGAGACAACCGUAGAGUUUUGCUGUCCUCCAUGGAUCAUCUUGGACAUCCCUUUGCCCUGACUCUUUUUGAGGACCGAGUUUACUGGACAGACUUGGAGGAUGAGGCCAUCUACAGCGUAAACCGGCUGACAGGGCAUGAUGUGGCAAUGCUGGCUCAACAUCUCAACAACCCACUGGAUGUGGUGGUGUUCCACGAGCUCCGGCAGCCUCAAGAGACGGGCAGAGAAAAUGAAAGAAGCAGUUCAACUACACCUACAGCGACAGUAUCAAGUACAACCACCACCAGCCCCACCACAACCACUCAUUCCAGCUCGCAUAGUUCCACCAGCACACACUCCCCAGCCACUUCAACCACAGUGACCACUCAGUCCAGCACUUCAGCAGCAGGGAAACAGCCAGCCUCCACCCAGACGACAGCAGAUCACAGACCGACGUCUACAACCAUCCACGGCAACAGUAUACAAGGGGCCAAUGGCAAUCUCUCUCAUCGCGCUGGCAGUGGAAAUGACCACUUCCUCCUUGGUAGCAAUAUAACCGUUGCGGUUCUGGGUAUAGUCAUUCCAAUAGUUCCUAUCCUUGCCACAGUGGUCAUUGGCCUGAUGUGUACCGGAGGCUACCUGGUGUGGCGCAACUGGAGGAGACGGAACACCAAGAGCAUGAACUUCGACAACCCUGUUUACCGCAAGACCACAGAGGACGACGACGACGAAAUCCACAUCGGCCGCAGCGAGCAGAUUGGCCACGUCUACCCUGCAGUGAGUGGCAGUGCCAGACAGCCAUACCUAGCACUGCCACUGGGGGGCAGUAUCCCAGACCCGGCAGCUCACUGGUACUCAGGGGCACCUAUGCUGUCCAGCGCAAAGUGAACAAAGGGAGGAAGGCAGUCGGAUAGUGAUAAAAUAUUGGCGAGGCUAAGACAGUGUUCCCUAAUAGAAGGCAUUAUGCUGCCUCUUCCCAAACACAUAUUUAUAUUCAUAAUUCACCACACAUUUUCAUUCAAAUGUAUGUUUAAUUAGUGCAUGGAUUACCAUGUGAGGUUUCAUUAGUCUGUAUGUGUUUCCCUUAGGCUGAGUCCGAAAUCGCAUACUCUCUGAGUAGGUACUUCUUUUGAAUAAGUAAUUGCGAAUAUUGUAGUAUAUAGUAUGAAUGUGUGUAAUAUGAAUUUAAUCCAGAUGUACUACGUGUUGUCAUUAGCCCCUAUCACACAGUAAUACCAGUAAAUUGCUGUAAAAUUACCGCAACGACUUUACUGGUCAAUACAAAAAUGUGCUGUUCACACAGGCAAUGGUAAUUUAGCAGUAAAGUCUGUAUGUGUGAAAGGUGCUAUUGUCAUGAUGUGACCUAUCACCUCUUUACCUUGGCAUAAUGGGAUAGUAAAGCGCCCAUUCGAUGCAGAAAUAGUAGGUCACCCAGGAACUUUUCGCGUAUUGUUUUAUGACUACUAUGAAUUCACACAUGCUACUCCUGUCACAUUCAGUUUUCUCCUACUAUAUACUAGGAUAUUAUGCGAUUUUGGAUGCAGCCACAGUCUUUGGUUUCUCGUGUUUUUGUGUGUGUGUGUGUUUGUGUGUGUGUAAAGCUUUAAAUGCUUUCCACGUUUGAAAGCUUUGAAAUUGUGCUCUCCCAUGAUCCCAUAGUUGUUUUUUAUGAAUUCAGUAUAACUGCUUUAGGGAUGAGCAACGAGCACCUUAAAUGACUGGACAAUCUUUUAAUAUAUUCUAGUUAAUUUAUUUAUGUAGUUGUUUUGCUGGUAAUUUAUUUGGGUGAUGUAAUGAUUUAUUCAUAUAUUUGCAUAACCGUUGGCCUGGGCUAAAAUAGUUAACAUGGCGCUGUUGAGAGCUGUUAGUCAGAUGGAGGGAUUAUAACAGUGUGAUUUGAACUUCCUGUGCUACAGUCGGCAUGUCAAGCACAAGCAGAGAUAAAGACAUCAGUCGCGCGGCAGAAACAGGGCGGGCUGCCCCAGUGGCAUAACAGGAUUCUCUCAAGCUCCCCACACGUCGUGCUCUUCACUUUGUGUGUGUGUGGAGGAUCUACAUAUCGGAUGUUUCCGUAUCCGUCUCCUUCUCCAAGGGCCUUCUUAUUCUUUCCAAUGUGUAUAUUUCUCACCUUCUUUUCUCUCAACACGUGUAACUGUUUUUUAUCUGCUCUCCGCAGCGCGUGGCGCUCAGUCCGGACGAUGACGGGUUCCCCUGAGGGCGAU